GUCCCCCGGAGGAGCCGUCCGCGCAGUGCACGCCGGGAGCGGCCAACAUGGCGGCGCCCAUACACGGUCUGUGAGGAGGAGCAGCGGCCGUUUGUCCGGGACAGGAUGGAUGUGCAGAGCCCGGUACUGGCGGGGCUCCCCGGGGAGGAGGAGGACACCGAGCUCAGUGACUGGAGUCUCCCGGCCGCCUUCAUGAAGAAGAGACACGGCGAGAAGAUCGAGGGCUGCAAAUCCCUGGCCCAGAGCUGGAGGAUGAAGGAUCGGGCCCGCUACAAGCAAAGCCUGGACCCCACCGUAGACGAGGUGAAGAAACUCUGCACAUCCCUCAGGAGAAACGCAAAGGAGGAGAGAGUGCUUUUUCACUAUAAUGGACAUGGAGUCCCACGACCCACUGUCAAUGGCGAGAUCUGGGUCUUCAAUAAGAAUUACACGCAGUACAUCCCGCUCUCCAUAUACGACCUGCAGACCUGGAUGGGCAGCCCCUCCAUCUUUGUCUACGAUUGCUCCAACGCAGGGCUCAUCGUCAAGUCUUUCAAGCAGUUUGCUCUGCAGAGGGAGCAGGAGCUGGAGGUUGCGGCUAUCGCCCCCAGCCACCCGCUGGCACAGAUGCCAUUGCCGCCCUCCAUGAAGAACUGUAUUCAGCUGGCGGCAUGUGACGCGGUAGAAUUGCUGCCUAUGAACCCGGACCUUCCCGCCGACCUCUUCACCUCCUGCCUCACCACACCCAUCAAAAUAGCCCUGCGAUGGUUUUGCAUGCAGAAGAGUGUGAAGUUGGUGCCUGGAGUCACUUUGGAUCUCAUUGAAAAGAUUCCGGGGCGAUUGAAUGACAGGCGCACUCCUCUAGGAGAACUCAACUGGAUCUUCACCGCAAUUACUGACACCAUCGCAUGGAACGUCCUGCCGAGAGAUCUCUUCCAGAAGCUGUUCCGGCAGGACCUGCUGGUGGCCAGCCUCUUCCGCAACUUCCUAUUGGCUGAGAGGAUUAUGAGGUCUUACAAUUGCACGCCUGUCAGCAGUCCUCGGCUGCCCCCCACUUUCAUGCAUGCCAUGUGGCAGGCGUGGGAUCUCGCCGUGGAUAUUUGUCUUUCUCAGCUGCCGACCAUCAUAGAAGAGGGCACGGCCUUCCAGCACAGCCCUUUCUUCGCUGAACAGCUGACGGCAUUUCAGGUCUGGCUGACAAUGGGUGUGGAGAACAGAAACCCACCGGAGCAACUGCCGAUUGUCCUGCAGGUGUUGCUGAGUCAGGUUCAUCGCCUGCGUGCCCUGGACCUGUUGGGACGAUUCCUGGACCUGGGACCCUGGGCCGUCAGCCUGGCGUUAUCGGUGGGAAUCUUCCCCUAUGUCCUGAAACUACUGCAGAGCUCAGCGCGGGAGCUCCGCCCACUCCUUGUCUUCAUCUGGGCCAAAAUCCUCGCCGUGGACAGUUCAUGCCAAGCAGACUUGGUUAAAGACAACGGGCACAAAUAUUUCCUGUCUGUUCUGGCAGAUCCGUACAUGCCGGCUGAGCACCGCACAAUGACGGCCUUCAUUCUGGGAGUAAUUGUGAAUAACUACACCACAGGACAGGAAGCCUGUCUACAAGGAAACCUGAUUGCAAUCUGCCUGGAGCAGCUGAAUGAUCCGCAUCCCCUGCUCCGCCAAUGGGUGGCCAUCUGCCUGGGCCGAAUCUGGCAGAACUUCGAUUCCGCUCGCUGGUGUGGUGUUCGGGACAGUGCCCAUGAGAAGCUCUACAGCCUCCUGGCAGACUCCAUUCCAGAGGUCCGAACAUCGGCUGUGUUUGCCCUCGGGACAUUUGUGGGGAACUCAGGGGAGAGGACAGAUCAUUCCACUACAAUCGACCACAACGUGGCUAUGAUGCUGGCUCAGCUCAUCAACGAUGGCAGCGCGAUGGUGCGCAAGGAGCUGGUGGUGGCGCUCAGUCAUUUUGUGGUCCAAUAUGAGAGUAAUUUUUGUACGGUGGCUCUGCAGUUUAUGGAGGAGGAGAAGAACUAUCAUCUGCCGUCUCCGGCCUCUACAGAGGCCGGCAGCCUGACGCCAGUGCGGGAAUCUCCCAGCACCCCUCGCCUGAGAUCUGUCAGUUCCUACGGCAAUAUCCGAGCCGUCACCACACCGCGAAACCUAAACAAGUCUCUGCAGAACCUCAGCCUGUCCGAAGAGGGUGUGGUUGGUGUAGCUUUCUCCCCGGGGAACCUCAGCACCAGCAGCAGUGCCAGCAGCACCCUGGGCAGCCCAGACAAUGAGGAAUACAUUCUGUCCUUCGAGACCAUCGACAAGAUGAGACGGGUCAGCUCCUACUCCUCACUCAACUCUCUGAUAGGCGUGUCCUUCAACAGCGUGUACACCCAGAUAUGGCGGGUGCUCCUUCACCUGGCUGCAGAUCCCUACCCAGAAGCUUCCGACCUCGCUAUGAAAGUCCUCAACAGUAUUGCCUAUAAGGCCACCGUGAGCACCCGGCCACAGCGCAUUCUGGAUGCCGCAGCGCUGACGCAGUCUGCCCCGGCCAGUCCCACCAACAAAGGCAUGCUGAUCCAUCAAGUCGGGGGGUCCCCUCCAACUCCAAGUACCAGCAGCUCCAGCCUUACCAUCGACAUGUCAAAACCUCCUGCCAACAGGGAGCUUCCUUCCAACCGGCCAGCCAAUGUGGGAACGGCUAUGGGGGUCCAGUACACGCCCCAUUCCCACCAGUUCCCCCGCACCCGCAAGAUGUUCGACAAAGGCCCUGACCAGACAGGUGAAGACGGAGAAGACGGGAUGGUUCAUAAAGGCUUCAUCUCAGGCUCUCUGCAGACUGGCUUCUGUGACUGGAGCGCCAAGUACUUCGCCCAGCCGGUUAUGAAGAUGCCUGAAGAGCAUGACAUGGAGAGCCAAGUCCGCAAAGAGCGAGAGUGGAGGUUCCUUCGCAACGCCAAGGUCCGGAGACAAGCGCAGAACCUUAUACAGAAAGGUGUCACCAGAUUAGACGAUCAGAUAUUUAUUAACCGCAAUCCCGGCGUUCCCUCCGUUGUGAAGUUUCACCCGUUCACCUCCUGCAUCGCCGUCGCCGACAAGGACAGCAUCUGCUUCUGGGAUUGGGAGAAAGGAGAGAAGCUGGACUACUUCCACAACGGGAACCCACGCUACACCCGCAUCACUGCCAUGGAGUACCUGAACGGCCAGGACUGCUCGCUGCUGCUCACUGCCACAGAUGAUGGCGCUAUAAGGGUGUGGAAGAACUUUGCCGAUCUGGAGAAGAAUCCGGAAAUGGUGACUGCGUGGCAGGGAUUGUCCGAUAUGUUGCCAUCUACACGAGGCUUAACGCGGCGAGUUUCCAUUUAUCUGGAUAAAAGUAAACAAG